CGGUGGCUCGAUGGCGCUCGGCGGCGCCCCACCGCUGGGCCUGGGCCUCUCGCAGCCGGGGCUGCCCCAGGAGGAGCCGCCGACGCCGACGCCCUGCCUGCUGGUGGACGACUCGCAGCCCGGCGCCACCGCGGGGGACGCCCCGCCAGCGCCAGGCCUCGGCCUGCGCCCGCCCUGCGAGGAGAGGGAGCCCGGAGGCGGCCAGGAGCCCCCUGAGGGACGGCCCCCGCCUGGCCAGGGGCCGGGCCUGAGCCGCCCCCCAGGGCCGGAGAAGGAGGAGGGCUCGUCGGCAGAGCGCAGCGGCGGGCAGGCCUCUCCGCCGCCCCCUGUCGUCGCCUGCCCUCCGGAGGAGGCGUCGCCCGAAGCCCUUAGCCCCGUCCUGGCGCCGCUGCCGCGGAAAAGCAGAGAUGAGGCGACAGGGGCAGAUGCCCUGGAGUGUGCUCCCCACUCUCUCUGUACAGAAGAUUCUAGCACAUCUCAGUUGGGCUUUGGUGCCCUAGAACUCUCCCAAAGCCAGGAUUUAGAGAGCGACAUGACAGCAAGCAGUGUGGACAAGGAGCGGGUGCAAUCCAGAGACACAACUUUGGAAGAAGAGGAGAAAGCUAAAGGCGAUCAUAAUACAGAAGAACCUGGUGAAACAACAGGGUUGGGGAGUGAUUGCAUUGAAAGCUCACAGGUCAUGUCCACUAGCACACCCAGAAAUCUGCAACUCUGUAAAGAAACCACCAGUGGCCCAAUACCUGCUUGCGGUCACCGGGAGAGAAGGCCAGAAGCAAAGGAGCCGACGCGUUGGGGUUCUCCUGGUGUUGAGAUCUUGUCUACUCAAGAAGAUAUGUUUGACCAGACUAGAAUGACAGCUUCAAAUGGUGGCAGUAGUGUAUCGAAGGUAGAAGAUGCAAGCUCUCUAACGCACCCUCCUGUUGAUUCUCUGUGUGUCCUUCACCUCUCUGGGCAGGGUCCUCUUUUCACUGGUGCUUCUGGUCUUGCUACGCAUUCUCCUGAAAGCUUGCAAUCCGUACCUCUCAUCAUCCCAAGAAGCCCGACAGAACAAGCAUCGGAAGGAAGGGAGCAAAAGGAGUCAUUGGAUACGAAGAGUCCAGGGCUUCCUCAGGUCUCCACUCCUGUCUCCCACAGCAUCCCUUCUGUCGCUACAGGAUUCAUUCCCGUACCAUCACAGCCAGAGUUUUCCCAUGACACCUUCUUUCCAACGCCAAGCUUGGAGGAAGGGCCAGAGACACAAGCUGAGAAAAGAGAGAGCUCUGAAGGCCUGGAGAAAGUGACCGAAGCAUCUUUAACAGAGGCCCGCUCGGAAGCUUGCACGUUGGUGCAUUCUGCUGGUGAACACAGUCAGCUCACUAAGACAGAGAGUAGAACUCUGCAGGCGGAGGACAAAGGGACAGUGGCUUGCAAAACUCUGGCAGAACUUAGUGGUAACAUGCAGCAGAGGCUUAAUAAGGACAGUCAAGCCUUGCAUGUACAGACAAAAGGAAGCACCUUCACUGUCCAAGCUGGGGCCUGUAAAGAUCUCGGAAAUCAACCUCGUCAAGGGAACUCCUUGAAAAAAGAAUCUUUGCCAGUGGAGUGUGAAGCUACCUCUGAGAUGCCACAUGAGGGAGUGAGCGAAUCUAAAUUAUCAAGUGAGGAUGGAGCUUCCUUCCAUUUGAUGCUUUCUCAAGAACCGUCCCUUUGCCAGGAAGGCAAGGUAGCAGGACAGAUGGAAUCUGCUGCAGUUUCAGCCAAAGAUUCCUCUCAACAUCUGCCCAGGGUGACUCAGAAGGGGGGAGAGGUGCAUGCAGGAAGCUCAAAAAAAGACUCCUUGGAGGAAGCUGAGGCUGCCAGAGAAGGGCAUAGUCCCGAGAUGCUGAAAUGCUCCGAUUCCCAGGUCCAACCUGACAUGGACAGUAAGAGGUGCCAGGGGAAGGUCGAUGUCCUGAUGCCACCUGCUGAAAUCUCUGCAAGUGGAAGUAGUGAGGAAAGCUGUGCAGAGGCGGCACAGGUUGAGGAGGACGAGGGCCUUGUGCGGCUCCCAAAGGAAGGGGUGGAUGUGAUGAAAACCAGCCAAGGCAGCACGCUGGAGAGUCAAGCUGACGGGGGGCCUGUUGCCAUUGCGGAGAGCCAGCUGACUCCUGAACGAGAGAGUGCAGUGCUGGGAAACCGGCCACUGGCUGGGAAAGGGGAUGAAGUGGUGACUCUGCAACAGAAAGCCCAUCCCGUGAAUUCAGAGAGUCAUGUGGGGGACCAGCGGGAGCCGCGUGUGCCGGAGGAAGAGGAGCAGCUGCAGCAAAGGGCGCCUGACCUCCCUGCUAGCCUGCCUGGCGAAACUCUGUUUCAUUUCACUUUGCUGAAGGAGGGAGCUUCCCUGACGAACAUCACUCCACCUCUUACUGGCCAGCUUAAAAAGGGCCCCAGGCGACACAGCACUCCAAUUGUGAUUGGGAACUGCCCAGACAACACCAUAGCAACCAGUGAUGUCACUGCAGAGAGUGCCAAUGAUGUCACAGUGGAGAGCACUGUAGCUUCUGCGGAGAUGGAGGGAAGUCCCAAGGAGGAUUCUGUAGCUGUCUGUGAAGAUGAAGGAAAGCUCUCCUUACGAAUGAACCUCACAACCCCGGCCACUGAGGAGAGUGAGUCUCUCCCCUUCAGCCUGGAGAAGCCUGCAGCCAGUGAAAGGAAGAAUGGGUCUGUGGCUGGUGCUGUAGCCAGUUCUCAGAAGAUGCCAUCUGUGUUCACUCGUAUCUGUGAAGCUCAACAAGACGACGAGAUUCAAGGGCCAAAGUUACCUUGUUCACCGAUCAGAGGCGAGCUGUUCAGUUUGCCGAGCUCUCGGACAGAAGAGAAACCACCCAAAACAUGUCUGAGCCAACAGUCUCUGAAGUCUGUGAGUUGUGAACAGGCCCUGGACUUGAAAAUGGGUGUUAAGCAGUCCAUGAGCUGUGUGAAGGAGGGAGAAGCCAUGGAGGUAGUGGAUGCAGGGGCUCAGGAGGAGGAGGAAGGAAGUCGGUCCUGGAAGAUGCCAGGUUCUGCACUUUCUUCCGAAAGAAAUGAUGAAGACCGAGUGCUUCCAGUUGUCAGAAGCAGCAAGGGUGUCCAGACUGCAGCGGCAUCUCUCUGUGAUCCAGCAGUCUUUGUGUCAGCGGCUACGCAGACAGCAGCUUGCAGUCAAGUGGACGUGGGAACAAGCAUUGCUGGGUUGAGGCCCACAAGUGGUCCGGGGAAGGAGCCGCAACCUCCAGACAACCAGAGUGAAUACUUGGAUUUGCCCAACUUGCCUCCUGGUAGAGUCUUGCGGCGCCAUGUCCGUACAAUCCGCGAAGUGCGCACCGUUGUCACACGGGUCAUCACAGACGUCUACUACAAGGAUGGGGCUGAAGUGGACCGCAAAGUGGUAGAGGAGACUGAAGAGCCCGUGGUGGAGUGCCAGGAGUGCGAAGUGGAUGCCUCUCCCUCCCAGACAGGGGGAUCCUCACUCACUUCUGGAGACCUUGGAGACAUCAGCUCCUUUUCCUCCAAGACCUCAGGCCUCCAGCACUCAUCCAGCGGAGGGAGCAGUGGCUUGUCAGUGAUGCGUAGCACUGCAAACUCUGGGCAUGGAGCUGGGCUCCUCAGAGCAGGAACAUGCAGAAGACUGGAGACCGGAGAGUUGGUCUUGCCUGCCGUCAAGAAACUGAGCCCUAAGAAAGGGGGCGGCCAGCCCCGUUCACCUGUGCAGCAUGACGAUGGGGCAGUGGAAGAGCAUGGCCUCAGCAACCAACAGGUUGGGAAAGCACCUCUUACCCCCCGUGGGCGAGGAAGACGUGGCCGGCCCACCUCACGGUCACCUGGAACCAGGAGUGGUCCAUCAGCAGCGGAAGAUCUCUCAGCAACAGCCUCACUGAAAGAGAAGCUCAGCUCUCACGUCUCAGGCUGCCCUGUGGAGAGGCAGGAGCAGGCUGACGCCCCUUUCCGCCGCAGUGACUCCCCUGAAAUCCCCUUGCAAGAAGGGCUGGCUGUCUCUGACUGUGCUGGGAACAGCUUUGUGGGCCUCCGGGUGGUGGCCAAGUGGUCCUCGAAUGGCUACUUCUAUUCUGGGACCAUCACACAGGACGUGGGAGGCGCCAAGUACAAGCUGCUCUUCGAUGACGGCUACGAAUGUGAUGUUCUGGGCAGAGACAUCUUGUUGUGUGACCCCCUUCCACUGGAUACGGAGGUGACUGCACUCUCCGAGGAUGAGUACUUCAGCGCAGGAAUAGUGAAGGGGCACCGCAAGGAAUCUGGAGAGCUCUUCUACUGUGUGGAGAAAGACGGGCAGAGGAAGUGGUACAGACGGAGAGCUGUCAUUCUGUCUCUGGAACAAGGGAAUAGACUCCGGGAGCAGUUUGGACUCGGCCCGUAUGAACCUAGCACACCCCUGACCAAGGCAGCCGACAUCAGCCUAGAUAACUUGGUAGAGGGAAAACGGAAGAGACGCACCAAUCUUGGCCCGGCCAGCACAACGCCAACACGCAAGCACCCUGAGAGUCCUCAGGUAUCACACAGGCCACUGACUGGCAAGAGGAAGCUGAUGGCUUCCGAAGAAGAAAGAUCUCCAGCCAAGCGAGGGCGGCGAUCAGCCACUACCGCAAGAUCAGGGGAGAUGACGGGUCAGCCCAGCAGUAAAGACUCCGGAGACCUCUUGGCACUUGAUCAACGAUGGGGGCCUUUGCCCCACAACAAGACCCUCUUUCUGGGAUACGCAUUUCUCCUUACAGUGGCAAAUCCUAAUGAUAAACUCUCCAGCCACCAAAAGCCUGCCGCAAGCAGUGAAGAGGAGGAAGAAUUCUCAGAUACGACUCCUUACAACAAACACUACAUUGAGUUACAGCUGCAAACUGGAGGUGGUUUCAUUCUGGAGGAAUUCAAUGACAGCCAGUGUAGCGCAGCUCAUCAGUGUCUCCUGAUAGCAGACCAGCAUUGCCGGACCCGGAAGUACUUCUUGUGCCUUGCGCGAGGAAUACCCUGUGUCUCACACGUCUGGGUCCAUGACAGUUGUCACGCCAACCAGCUUCAGAACUACCGCAAUUACCUGUUGCCAGCUGGCUACAGCUUGCUGGAGGAGAGACUACUGGAGUGGCACCCCCGAGAGAACCCGUUCCAUAACCUGAAGGUGCUUCUGGUAUCAAAUGAACUGCAGGACUUUCUGGAACUCUGGGCCGAAGUUCUCAUGAUUGGGGGAGCAGCUUCCGUUAAGCAACAUCAAUCAAACACUUGGAGUGCAGAUGUUGGUUUGGGUGUGUUUGAUGUGGUGGUGACCGACCGUUCCUGCCCACCUGUCGUCUUGAAAUGUGCAGAAGCAUUACAGCUGCCUGUGGUAAACCAAGAGUGGAUAAUCCAAAGCCUUGUUGCUGGCGAGACUGUUGGCUUUAAACACCCACAGUAUCAACUGGAGUGUAGCCACUGCUGAAAUGCCUUUCUGCUUUGUGAAGAUACAUAAUGUAGGAUUCAGGUGUCUGUCAGUUGACCUGUGCAUGAUGUGCUAUAGUUAACUGCUGGCGUUUUAUGAAAAUAAAUGCUGAUUUUUUGUU